GGCACCAGAAAAUCGAGAACUCGCCAAAGCGGAGGGAACCGCACACGACUUAACUGCAGAGAACGAGCCAAAAUUCCCAACCGUCAAACCGAACCACUCAUGCAUACUCUCCACCGCCACCGCCACCGCCACCGCCAGCUCCACCGCUGAUCCGCCGCUGCUAUGACCCUAGCGUCUGGCCAGUCUGUAUUCCUCCUCCCUCCGUCCUCUAUCCACCGGCACGGCACACCGCCAUACCAGCAUCCCCGCGCAUGGAAACGCCGCCGUCUCAAGCCCCCCACCGUCCGCUGCGAGUUCAAUUCGCCGCCGCCGCCUCUCGAUAACCUCGUCAAUGGAUUUCUAUCUCAGCUCCUCUCUCUUAGCUCGCUCGAUUUGAUCGCCCCUGCAGUCGGCUUCGCCUCCGGCGUCGCGCUGUUCCUCUCUUCUAAAACCCCUAAAUUGCUCCCUAACCCUAAAUCAGCCGCGAAUUCGAGCUCUGAUAUUGGGGAAUGGAUUUUAUUUACGAGUCCGACGCCGUUUAAUCGGUUUGUGACGCUGCGGUGUCCGUCGAUUGAUUUCCCCGAGAAUGAAUUGAUGGAAAAUGUCAGCGAGAAGCUUGUGAAAGAGGAUAGGCAUUAUGUGAAAUUGAACAGCGGGAGGAUAAUUCAGCCGGCGGAGAGUAGUGGUGGAAGCGAGGAUGAUGAGAAAUUGGUGUAUCAGAGGCUCUGUAUUGGCACGGAGGAUGGCGGAGUCUUAUCGUUGGAUUGGCCGGCUAAUUUGGACUUGGAGGAGGAGCGAGGGUUUGAUACCACGGUGUUGAUUGUUCCGGGGACGGCGGAGGGGAGCGGUGAGAGAAAAAUUAGGGCUUUCGUGUGCGAUUGCUUGAGGAGAGGUGUAUUUCCACUGGUCAUGAAUCCAAGGGGAUGUGCGGCCUCGCCGUUGACAACGCCACGGUUAUUUACUGCUGCUGAUAGUGAUGAUAUCUCCAAAGCUGUUCAGUACCUAAUUAAGAGAAGGCCGUGGACAACAUUAAUGGCAGUUGGCUGGGAGUAUGGUGCAAACAUGUUAACGAAGUACUUGGCAGAAUUUGGGGAGCGAACACCUCUUACGGCUGCAAUAUGCAUAGACAAUCCUUUUGACUUAGAGGAAGCCACAAGGUCGACUGUUUACCAUCCAGAUUAUAAUCAGAGGCAAACAGAUGGCUUGAUUGAGAUACUUCGAUGUAACAAGGAAUUAUUUCAAGGCCGUAGUAAAGGAUUUGAUGUUGAAAAAGCACUGUCGGCCUCAUCAGUUCGCGAUUUUGAGAGGGCAAUUUCUAUGGUUUCUUAUGGAUACGAUACCAUUGAAGACUUCUAUGCAAAAUCAAGCACACGAGAUGUAAUCGACAAAGUGAAAGUUCCUGUUCUAUUUAUACAGAAUGAUGACAUAAAAGCUCCAUUCUUCUCUAUCCCACGGAGUUUGAUUGCAGAGAAUCCUUAUACAAGCCUUCUUCUGUGUUCUUACAAGCCAUCUAGCAAAAUUAUGAAUGACAGGUCAACGUUCUCUUGGUGCCAGCACCUUGCUUUAGAGUGGCUCUCAGCUGUGGAGAUUGGACUUCUGAAAGGUCGACAUCCACUUCUGAAAGAUGUUGAUGUCACUAUAAAUCCAUCAAAGGGUUUAGCACUAGUGGAAGGCAGAGCUUCGCCUAGAAAGGGAAGAGUUAGUGGGGCCUUGAAUCUUACUGAUGGAAGUUAUACAAAUCCUCAGUUGGGGAUGUUUCAGGUUAAUGGUAUAGCCACAAGAACUCAAUUAGAAUCUAACAAAGAUACAGGACAUCCACAUAUCAAAGGAUUGCAACUAGAGAACAACAAUGCAAGGGAACGACCUGAUGCUGCCGUUGACCCAACCAUAGAGGAAGUAACUCCUUCUGAGGUAGAAAGAGGACAAGUACUACAGACUGCAGAAGUGAUCAUGAACAUGCUUGACGUUACUAUGCCUGAUACUCUGACAGAUGAACAGAAGAAAAAGGUUUUCACUGCUGUGGGUAAAGGAGAAACCGUAAUGAAAGCUUUGCAAGAUGCUGUUCCAGAUGAUGUUAGAGGAAAGCUCACAACUGCUGUUUCUGGUAUCCUGCAGAGUCAAGGAUCUGAUUUGAAUUUUGAUAAACUAUUAAAGCUAGGACAUAAUAGUAAGGAGGCGCCAAAAUAUGACUCGAAGGUGCUGGACAAAGAUACAAUAGAGAAAGCAAUUCAUGGUGAAGAUGUUCAGUCUUUGGACCAAAAGAAGAGGACUAAUGACGUUCAAGACGGUUCAUCUAGUGUUGAUCAUGGCCCUGACAUGUCGUCUAGGGAUAUGAAAUCAGAGAAACAGACACCAAAGAUCAUAGAGAAAGAGAGUGACCCCAUUCCUGAUCUUGGUAAUGGGUCCCAUAAUGAGAUGGGAAAAUCUAACGAGUCUGGUGAUAAUACAGUCGAAAUAUCCGACAAGGAAAUUGUGGCAGAAGUAAAUCCAAAACAGGAUUCAUCCAGCAUGUUCGAUGGGCCUGAUGUAGCGGAGGGUACUGUUGACCUAAAAAAAGUGGAAGAAGGCUCCGGUAUAGGUAAAACAGACCCAACAAGCAAAAAAAUUGAGCAAGAAAGUGAUAUUUCAAAUGAUCAAAAAUCUGAACCCAACACAGAGGAACCAUCUUCUGCUCCACCCCCCACUUCUGAGGCACCUGCUAUGGAAAAUAAUGCAGAAAAUAAUCAGGGGAAGGAAGAAAAAGAUCCAAUAUCUUCUUUAAGCCAAAAUAUGGGUGAUUCAUCAACCUUCAGUGUCUCUCAGGCAUUUGAUGCAUUAACUGGAUUUGAUGAUUCAACCCAACUUGCCGUUAAUAAUGUAUUCAAUGUAAUUGAGGGCAUGAUUGAUCAGUUGGAGGAGAAAAAGGGCGACAUGGUAGAUGAAGUCAAGAACAAAAAAAGUAUAAGUGAAGGUAAUGGAGUGGUGGAUGUGAAGGAAUUUAGUAAUGGCUCCGUGUCCAAGAAUCAUCUUCCGCAGGAUGACCUCAGAUCUUCAGGGACAACGAAUGCCAAUGAAAGCCCAGAGUCUGGUAAUCCAGAUGGUACUACUUUGCAAGAUAAAGAACACUCUUGGGACAUAAAUGCAGGACAGAAUCAUGCACACGGUUCAUACAACUGUAAUAGCACCGACAUAACCAAUACAGGGAGCCAGGUUAAGACCGGACAUGAAAUCUGUUUUCUGCCUCCAUCAGGAGAAUUUCCAACUGAGAAUGUUGUGACAGAUUUGAGUAGGAGUUCAGAAAAGAUUCCUAAAUGUAUAAGUGAAUUUCCAUAUGGUGAUCCACUUUACAAAGAGUACCUCAAGACGUAUCUUUCUUUGAAGAUGAAAAACGCAAAGCCUCUUGGUGUGAAUAAACCACCAGCAUUAUAUUUAGACUACAGUGCUGAAGAAGGACAAUGGAAGAUUUCAGAGCAGACUGAAAAUGAUACUGAUUAUGGAGAAGAUAAGACUGAAAUCCACCCAAGAUCUAAGAGUAGUGAAAAUACUAUUGAACCAUCUUAUGUGAUAUUAGAUUCUGAUAAAUCUGAGGACCCAAAUGAAGAACUUGAGAAAGGUACUAUCGGGAACAAUGCUGAAUUUGAUGAGGGAAAAGUUGGUGGUUCCAUACCUCUCAUCAAAGGUCUUAUAUUAAAAUGUUUAGAGGUUGAAGUUGGACGUAGGGUCAGUGCUUUUGAUCUGGAAGAUUUGGAACUCAAACUUGCUGGAGAAAUGGAGUAUGUUGCCAAUGCUGUUUCCAUGGCAGCAGGAAAAGGGAUGCAUCAUAUGGAAAAAGGGAACGGUAGCCUUCAGGGGAAACAUGGCAUCCUUGACGGAGAGAACGUAGUAAGAGCUAUUUCGUCUGCUGUUGAGGAGACGGAAUAUCUGAGAACAGUAUUGCCUAUUGGUGUUAUCUUGGGGUCAAGUUUAGCUGCAUUGAGAAAGUUCUUUGAUGUGGCAGCAGUGAAUGCUGAUGAUGAACAGAUUCUGACCCUUGAUCAGGUUGAUAAACCAACAGAGAGGCUUCUUCUAGUUGGUGAAAAGGAGAGUAGGAAAAGGUCAUUAAAGGAAAGACAAAAUAAAGAUAAUUUCACCAGUUAUAUUGAUGAAGAAACUUCUGAUGAUGAUACUGAUCAUGGAAAUUCUAAAGUUAUAAUGGGUGCUGUCACAGCUGCUCUGGGGGCAUCUGCACUACUUGCUAAUCAACAUGAACCUUUGAAUGAGGAAGAACAGAGUAAAGGAUCUUUCGAGCCAGACGAAAUGGACAAGAAAACCGAGACCAAUAUUGUUGCAAGCCUUGCAGAGAAAGCAAUGUCUGUUGCUAGUCCUGUGGUGCCUAUGAAGGAAGAUGGUGGAGUUGAUCAUGAAAGGAUUGUAUCGAUGCUUGCUGAACUGGGACAGAAGGGAGGUAUGUUAAGGCUUAUUGGAAAAGUUGCUUUACUUUGGGGUGGAAUACGUGGAGCUAUGAGUUUAGUUGACAAGCUCAUCUCAUUUCUGCGCCUUUCAGAGCGGCCAUUGUUUCAAAGGAUCCUUGGCUUUGUCUUUAUGGUGCUGCUUCUAUGGUCACCUGUUGUUCUUCCUCUGCUUCCAACACUCAUGCAAAAUUGGGCAACAAGGAAUCCCUUUAAAAUUGCUGAAUUUGCUUGUAUUGCUGGCCUCUACAUCUCCACUAUGAGCAUGAUUACGUUGUGGGGCAAAAGAAUCCGCAAGUAUGAUGACCCUCUUGUGCAGUAUGGGUUUGAUUUGGCUUCACUGCCAAAGUUGCAGGAUUGUCUGAAGGGUCUGGCUGGAGGAGUCGUCCUUGUUACACUGAUACAUACUGUCAAUGCAUUACUUGGAAGUGCACAUCUACAUUGGCCAACCACUCUGUCUUUACCAUCUUCAGAUCUUGUUGCGUCAAUGAAAGCAUAUGGACGGAUGCUUCUGCUGAUUGUUAGAGGAACUGCAGCAGCAACUCUCAUUGCAUCUGUGGAGGAAUUGCUCUUCCUCUCAUGGUUGCCCCAAGAGAUUGCCGCUGACUUUGGAUUUUACCGUGGAGUAUUUAUCUCAGGACUUUUGUUUGCUUUGUCUCAAAGGUCAUUAUUGGAAAUCCCCGGGCUAUGGUUGUUAUCCAUAAGUCUCUCAGGAGCCCGGCAAAGAAAUCAAGGAAGUCUCUCGAUACCAAUUGGGCUCCGUGCAGGGAUAAUGGCUUCUAAUUUCAUCUUAAGAACCGGAGGCUUCCUGUCUUAUCGACCCACUUAUCCUCUAUGGGUCGCUGGCGUCCGCCCUUUUAAACCAUUUAGUGGACUCGUUGGCCUUGCCUUCUCUUUGGUUUUGGUAGCUAUUUUGUAUCCUAAACAGCCUAUUCAUGAGCAAAGAGGAAACAGAGUCAUCAGAGAGUAAGUUCUCUCAAUUUCCUGAGAAAAUGAAGCUGAGUAACUCAAGAUCAGUUCAGAGGAUACUACUCCUUGCGCCCUCACGACCCUCGGAAAAUCGUUCGAUCUGUAGCUGCGAGAUUAGCAGUUGUAUGUUCAACCAAUUUUGAGAUGAAAAGGGUAUGCUAAAUGUUGUACCCAUGAUACAUACCUUGUACAAAUUUGUAACAUUCUGCUAGUUUAUAUACACACCCUUCUGUAGUUUUGGAAGGCAAGAAAUAUUUGUACUACUUUUUUUGGGGAAGAAUCAUCAUGUAACAGAGCCAUGGUAAAUGUAAUCACAUCAACAAUUGUAUUAUUAUUUACACUUGAAGAAGCAUAAUUCUCCA